AUGGCAGCGAUUUUCGAUGUGUACAGUCAACGGGUGGUAGACGAUAGGAAGGUGAAUGUGUAUCAAAUUGGUAGUUGGGACAUGGUCAGCGGUCUGUACAUAUGGGACAAACGAAGCACAUACCAGAAACGACGAACCUUCGGAGGCAUUACACUGAAGGGUCUCCGUCUCAAAAGCGCACUGACUGGGGCCAAUGAGCCAAGUGGCAUCAUAGGAGAGCUGUUAUGGAAUAGUUUGUCAGUGGUUCACAAUUUUAGCAUCAAGCAGCACACAGGGCUGACCAGCAAUAACACCUCACAGUACGAUAUCAUUAUAAAUCCGGUAGAGGUUGAUCGCAACAGUGGUCAAAAGUUCGAUAUUAUUGCAGCCGUUGGGACGUCGCGGUCCGUGGUACUAUUUCUGCAUCCGGAAGACGCUUUUAGAAGAAACAUCUUUCUCCGGCCGUUUAGUUUACAACUCUGGUUAGCCGUUGGAGGGCUGUGUGCUGCGACGGGUCUGUUGAUUCAUAAAAUGCACCAUCGUCCACCGGGAAAUAGCGGCCGGCACAAUCGAUCGAACGAAGACUAUAACAUUAGUGGGCUCAGCCUGUACGUGGUGGAAAUAUUUAGCCAACAAGGAUUUACUGCGCCAGCCAAUUCGUACGGGAUUCGUGUUAUGCUUCAAACGAUAUUUAUUUUUGCGGCACUACUCCACCAGUUCUAUAUCGCUCAUAUGGUCGGCUAUCUCCUGGUGGCUCCUUCUAAGACUGUUACAACGUUCCGAGAUCUGGUGAAAAACGAAUUCACCAUCGUUGCAGAAAACGACGACGACGAGGAUCUUGUCAGGCUGAAGACCGCAAGCGGACACGCGUAUUGCAACAUUACCGAAGGAAUAUCACUUAUCGCUCGCAACAGAACGGCUUUUCUCUGCGAUGCUCAUCGGGCCUACAGCUGGAUAAAUAGACUUUUCACCGACGCCGAUCGAUGCCGGCUGCAGGAAAUACCGUUAGUUCCGCAAAGGUCCAUCUACUUGGCCCUUGCGAAGGAUAGUCCGUUCAAGGAGGCGUUUCGCAUUACCCUGCUCAAGAUCACCGAACAUGGGUUGCUGCACUAUCAACGGAAACUUUGGUUUGCCGAAAAACCAGAGUGUCCCGAAAAUGGGGUCAAAAUGCCGGAGGUUAACCUAGAUCAAGCGUCCGGGGCUUUCUGGCUUUUGCUGUUCGCCGGGCUCGCCAGUAGCGUUUUUCUGUUGUUGGAAAUCGUCAUUAAACGUUCCAGACAUGGCGGUGUCUGA